CACUGGAUUGGAGUGUUGCACCGCUUCGAAUUUGACAGCAAGACGAGCGAACGUCUGCCUUAUAUGUGACUGCCAAGGCUCGAUGAUUUCAACGGCUUGGCGGCGACAUCGCAGGAGCGGGGCACCCCGCAGUACAGGUCGACGCGCUACCUGAACACGCACACAGAGGCCGACGAAAAUUUGAACGGCCAGACAUAUCUACUCAGAGGCGCAGUGUGUCGCUAGAGUAUCGCCCACAUGGCGGAUCAUCAGCAAUUUGUAGUGGCGCUACACGACACGCUCGCCGCCUCCCUGGGCUUGGGUCAAGCUAUACCUGACACGGCAGUCAUCAAGAAGGCGUCCAGCGACUUGCAAGACAAGUUCUACAAGCAAGAUGCAGCUGUUCCUGCCCUAUUUGAAAUUUUACUCGGCAACGCACAAGAUCAAGUGCGACAGCUUGCUGCCGUCGAAUGUCGCAAGCGAGUCGGCAUCAAGAACGGUCAGAAAUGGCUCAAGCUACCUGUUGACCAGCGCAAGCGCGUCAAAGAGCAGCUGCUACAGUCGCUUACUGAUGAAUCAAACUCUUUGCUUUCGCACGCUCUGGCACGUCUAGCAGGCGCGGUCGCAAAGGUCGAACUGCCGAGCAAUGCCUGGCCAGAACUUUUGCCCUGGCUCUGGCGAGCUGCGAGCGCGCCCGUAGCGACGACGCGCGAAAGGAGCUUGUACACAUUGUUCAGCAUUCUCGAGACGGUCAUUGUCGAUCAUGACGCUCCUGGUGGCCCGAGCUUCUCCCAGCACACACCUCAGCUCUUCCAGCUUCUGUCGGGCUCGCUGGCUGAUCCUGAGAGUUUGCAAGUCAGAUUAAUAUCGAUGCGAUGCCUUGGCCAAAUCGCUUCUUACAUCGAGCCUGAUGAGCAGGAUUAUAUCAAAGCUUUCCAGGACGUCGUACCGGGAGUUGUGCAAGUCAUACAACAAGCGCUCGAGGCGGGCAACGAGGAAGGCUGCAAGCAAGGCUUCGAGAUCAUCGAGACAGUCUCCUCGCUGGAAGUACCGCUCAUUCAGCCACAUCUUACCGCUCUGUGCAGCUUCUUGAUCAGCACUGCGCAGAACGAGCAAUACGAUGAAGAUCUAAGAAUGCCUGCCCUUUCCUCAUUGCUCUGGGUCGUGAAGUACAGAAAGUCAAAGAUUCAAUCACUUGGACUUGCGCGGCCGAUUCUCGAAGGACUGCUACCCGUUGGUGGGCAAGAUGAACCCGAAGACAUAGACACGGAUUCGCCCGCGCGCAUAGCCUUCCGUGUCAUCGACGCCCUCGCCAACGUCCUGCCGCCUGCGCACGUUGUUGACCCUCUGAUCAAUCUGUGUCAGCAAUACUCGAGCUCGCCCGAUCCCAGGAUGCGCAAGUCUGCAGUCAUGGCUUUCGGCGUCGUCUUUGAAGGCUGUUCGCUCUACAUUGCGCCUCAUCUGGAGCAGCUUUGGCCCUUCAUCGAGAAGAGCCUGCAAGAUCCGGAGAGCAUCGUUCGCAAAGCGGCUUGUAUCGCGUUAGGCUUCAUGUGCGAAAUGCUAGGCGAGGACUGUGGCAAGAGGCACGCAACUCUGUUACCUCUGAUUUUCGAUCUCAUCAACGAUCCUGCCACGCAAAAGACAGCACUCAAUGCGCUCGACUCGCUACUCGAGGUGUUGGGCUCGGCCAUUCUGCCGUAUCUGCCGACGUUGAUGGAUCGCUUGCUUGCGCUGCUCAGUCAGGCACCAUUAGAGCUCAAGGGGACUAUCGUCGGUGCUAUCGGAUCAGCUGCCCACGCGGCAAAGACCGACUUUGCGCCCUACUUUCGCGCUACCAUGGACGGCUUGCAGCCCUUCUUGGUCCUCACAGAAGAGGAUGAACACGAGCUACGUGGCAUCACUCAGGACACCGUCGGUACUCUCGCCGAUGCGGUUGGUCCAGAUGCCUUCCGGCCGUACUUUGCUCCUCUCAUGAAACUCGCCAUGGAAGGUGCUUCACUUGAAAGCCCGUCUCUACGCGAAUGCUCGUACAUCUUCUUCUCAGUCAUCUCACGCGUGUACAAAGCCGAGCUGGCGCCCUAUCUCACGGAUAUCAUGGCUCUGAUAAUCGCAAGCCUCAAGCAGUCCGAGCUUGGCGAGGAUGAGCUUGACGAGACAGAAGGCGCGGCCACGAACGGUGUCGGCAUAACGCGUCAAGCUCAGGCUCUGCUUGAUGCAGCUGAAGCAGACGCGGGUGAAGACGGCUUCGUCGACAUCGACGAGGAUGGUUCCGAUGCGUUCGACAAUAUGGGCGUCUACACUGCUAUCGGCAUUGAGAAGGAAGUCGCAGCGGACGCUAUCGGCAGCAUAUUCGAGAACACGCGAGAACACUUUAUGCCUUACAUCCAGCCUAGUGUUCUCGCUCUCCUGCCGUUGCUCGAGCACGCGUACGAAGGAAUUCGCAAGUCUGCCGCUUGCUCGCUCGUGUCAUUCAUUGCGACUGCAUACGAAAUGACAAAUCCUCCCAAGUGGGAGCCAGGCGUCGGCAGCGCUCCGCUUCAUGAACGGGUUCAGCAGCUCUCGAACGCAGUCAUCGGUCCUGUAUUGGCUAUGUGGGCCGAGGAGGAAGAGAGGACCAAUGUAUCAUCGCUGUGUGAAGCCCUCUCGGCCAUGCUGCUCACAACAGGUCCUCAACCGAUUCUACCAGAUCCCACUGAGACGAUCUGUCAACGGCUCCACGAGAUCAUCGAGCGCAAAGCAUUGUGCCAGACGCUGGAUGCCGAUCCAGAAGAUGACGAAGCUGCCCAAGACGUCUCCGAAUGGGACGCAGCCCUUAUUCGAUCGGCAGAAGAGCUUGUCGGCACGCUGGCCAGCGUACUGGGCAACGACUUUUCCCAGGCCUUUGGCACGUUCUUGCCUGCACUUGUGAAAUAUUACAAUGGCACAACUCAGGCAAGCGAAAGGUCAAGCGUUGUCGGAUCUCUUGCAGAAGUAUCGAAUGGUCUUCAAGCAGGCGUCACGCCCUACACGCAACCAUUCUAUGAUCUCUUCAUCGCCGCACUGCUUGACCAGAAUCUGGAUCUGCGAAGCAACGCUGCAUACGCUAUCGGAUGUUUGGUCUUGCAUAGCAGGGCAGAUCUCAGCGCAGCGUAUUCUAUCAUAUUGCAGCGUCUGCAGCCACUCUUCCAGCUGGACGACAUGUCUGCGGAUGCCAAUCAAGCGAGGGAUAACGCUUCUGGCUCGGUCGCCCGGUUGAUCCUCAAGAAUGCCGCAGCCUUGCCGAUGGAUCAGGUUCUACCAGUUCUGUUCAGCGCUAUGCCGUUACGGGAAGAUUUCCGGGAAAAUGAGAAACUCUUCGAGGCCUUCCAGAUGCUGGUUCAAACGCAGAACCCUGCGCUGACGCCACAUAUCAGUCAGCUUCUGCAAAUCAUCAGUCAGGUUCUGUCAGCACAGGAGACAGCCAGCGAAGACGAGAAGCCUCUGACGCAAGAAGGAUACACUCGCGUAGUCGAGAUCGUGAGACGCCUGCCUGCACAGCAAGCGCAGGCAGCCGGUCUGGGCGCCCUCCUCGCAUAAUCCCACUAGAUGAAGAUGUAGCUAGAAGAUGCAGUCACGAAGCAGUAAUAUCCUCGCGCC